CUUCUGUGUGGUGCGAACUCUCGCAUAAGUCCGGAUUCUCCCAGACCCAAGUCUGCUUUUCAAGAUACCUUAAAGCCACUGACACUGACUUACCAUGCCUACUUCGGAGUGAGGUACUACCCACUGGAUCCUACCCAAAUCAUGGAUGAGCAGACGAGGUACCAGAUAUUCCUGCAAGUGCGUGAUGACUUGGCGUCUGGACGAAUGCCAGUGAACGAGGAUUUGUUCGUCAAGCUCUGUGGAUUGAUCUUACAGUCUGACUGUGGUGAUUACGGAGAAGAUAAGCUGGGUGUUGACUACGUUCGACGCCUGCUGAAGAUGCCGCAUUUGAGUAGAGCCUUGGAAGCACGGAUCAAAGAAAAACAUGCAGAGUGCAAAGGACGUCAACCGGCGCUGGUCGAGUAUCAGUUCCUUGAAAGUGCCAAACAGUGCAUGGCCUAUGGUCAAGUAAAGUUCGCCGUUCUUGAUACCGUUUCCAACUUGGGCUGCUUGUUCGGAAUCGGGCCAGCUGGAGUCACCAUUGAGGAGACGCAGUCAAGUCUGAUUCAUUUUUCGUGGAUGCAAAUAUCUGGUUUCUCCGGAAAAAGUAAGCAGCUUUCGAUCCACAUCACUGACCAGGGGGGAAAGUUCACCUAUCAUUACGCCUUGGACGAUAAGAAGAGGUGUCGUCAAAUAAUCAAACAGUGCAAGCGGUUACUGCACUUCUAUCGUUCCGAGCUUCCGAAAAGCCUGUGUUGGCAAUCCUUGAACAUGGCGACUACAAACUCACCUGGACAGAACCGUUCUGUUCAAAUGACCGGGUACUCCAACACCAUUGAAAUACGUCUGGCUAUGCGACAGCCCACAGAUCCAUUCACAUCUGUUCCAAAGAAGCUCAAGUGGUUAGAGCGCGGGUCCGUGGUUCGAACCCGACCUGCGCCACUCGACUUCCCCUGCCUAGGCUUCGGCGCCUGG